AGACUUUAUCGCCCUAUGGAAAACAGAUGAAUUCGCAACUUAAAUAUACUAGUCCACCACGAAGAAACGAGACAGAGGUUCCUAUUCCAUUAUCCGAAACACCAGUGAUAAGGAAGAAUACAGAUAUCCGAAAACAGAAAAGAAGAUCAAGCCUUGAUAAGAGGGGAAAAAGAGCAUCUUCGAUCGGAAAUGGAUUUGUUGCAAAACCACAUCCAGAUAUUAGCCACGAAGAAUUUUAUCGUCAUAUUCAGCAAGACUUGCCUGGACCAAUAAAGUUGAGACAACUUUUAAGUUGGUGUGGACAAAGGGCUUUGGAAAAGCAAAGAUCAAAGGAUGAGAAUGCUCUUAAAAUAGCAAAAAUUGUGGAAGCUGACAUUUUGAACGAUUUGAUGGAUAGUAAAAUAAAUACAUCUUGGUAUCAUCGAAAUAAUGAUCAAGAUCUACAAGUAAGAAUAAAGCAGCCACAUCAACAAAAUGUUGAAAAUCGAAAUAAAUUCGAAGAAUUAAAACCAAUAUUUCAAAGAUUGAAAACGGAAAAUGAUGAAUGGAAUAAUCUAAUUAAUGAGAUCAAUUCCUUUCAUUCAUCUAUUGAUAAGGCUGUUAAAAAAGUAUCGCAAGGAAACAAUAACAUUUUCUUGGUACCUGAUGAAGUAGAUAUGACGGUUUUGCAUGUGGAUAAUUUAUAUACAAUACUAUAUAAUGCAUCCUCAUAUAAUACUGCCACUCAAACUUAUUGUGAAAACUUGUUGAUUAAACUUUUGGCAGUUAUUCGCAAACGUCAAGAAAAAAGCAGCAAUAUAAGUAUCGAAACUGAUGAG